CACCGCCGCCCGCUCUCCCGCCCCGCUGCACGCCCGUGCCGGGCAGCGGGAGCGGGUCCGUGCCCAGCGGGAGCAGCGCUCCGUCCCUGCCGCCGCCAGCCCGCCCGGUCCCGGCCGGCCGGGCACGCAGGUUUCUGGACAAAAUGGGGAAUGGAUUAGCGAAACCCAAGCACCUGAGGCAGCCCAACAGGCAUGUGGCAAACCUCGCUAUUGGCUGUGCUGCCAGCCACAAGUUUCUGAUGGACCCAUGCCUAGGCAUCAAUGUGAUCAAUGGGCAAGCUGAUGUCCUCUGCAGCAAGGUACUUGAACUCGAAAAGGAGCUGAAGAGAAAAGAUCAGCAGUUGCAAGAGAGUGAACGCCAUGUUGCUGAGCUGCAGGAACAGCUGGCUAUGCACACUAAGGUCAUAGCAGAACUCACCAAGGAGCUUCAGAGCAAGUGUAUACAGUUGAACAAGCUGCAGGAUGUUGUUAGCACUCAAGGAGAGCACUCUCUUCAGCCUUCUCCAUUUAAAGUUUCUGACAGGAGGAGAGGAGCCAAGGAAGGUGUAUCUGCAGAGCCAACAACACGACUGUGUGAUUUGAGCAGGCAAACUAUUUUUUCCCUUGAAAAGGCAACAGUCCGAAAGGAUUCCAGUGAGAAGAAGCUUAUCACAGAUGCCCUGAAUAAAAACCAGUUCCUGAAGAGACUGGAGCCUCACCAGACACGAGACAUGGUGGAAUGUAUGUAUGAGAGGACGUUCCAGCAGGGGAGCUAUGUCAUCAGACAGGGAGAACCGGGAAAUCACAUCUUUGUGCUCAAAGAGGGCAGUCUGGAAGUCUUUCAGCAGAAUAAACUACUCUCCUCAAUACCUGUGUGGACAGCAUUUGGUGAACUGGCCAUUUUAUACAACUGCACACGGACAGCUUCUGUGAAAGCAAUCACUAAUGUUAAAACAUGGGCACUGGAUAGAGAAGUGUUUCAAAAUAUCAUGAGAGUGACAGCACAAACCAGACAAGAGCAAUAUAGGAACUUCCUUAGAAGUGUAUCCCUGCUGAAAAACUUACCUGAAGAUAAAUUAACCAAGAUCAUGGACUGUCUGGAAGUGGAGUAUUAUGACAAGGGAGAUUAUGUUAUUCGGCAAGGAGAAGAAGGAAACACCUUCUUUAUAAUAGCAAAAGGAAAGGUGAUAGUUACCCAGAGUACUACAGACCACUCACAGCCUCAGGUGAUUAAAAAUCUGCACAAAGGAGACUACUUUGGCGAAAAAGCUCUCAUUAGUGAUGACGUCAGAUCAGCAAACGUUAUUGCAGAUGAGUACAACGUGGAGUGCCUCGUUAUAGACAGAGAGACAUUUAAUCAAACGGUUGGAACUUACGAGGAGUUGCAAACUUACCUGGAAGGUUACGUGGCUAAUCUGGCCCAGGCUGAUGAAAAGCGACAUGCAAAAGCAAGAUCCUUCUGUGGACAAUUGACCAAAGAGGUGUCUUUGGAGAUGAUAGAGCUGAAGGAGAAAGUAGCCCAGUUCCCUCCUUCCCCAUUCCAGAAUUUAGAAGUUGUCACAACUCUGGGUGUUGGCGGGUUCGGAAGGGUUGAGCUUGUUAAAGUUAAAAAUGAGAACCUGGCUUUUGCUAUGAAAUGUAUAAAGAAGAAACACGUAGUGGACACCAAGCAGCAAGAGCAUAUCUAUUCUGAGAAGAAAAUCCUUGAGCAGAUAUGUUCUCCAUUCAUUGUAAAGCUGUAUCGCACAUUCAAGGAUAACAAAUAUGUGUACAUGCUCCUGGAGGCUUGCCUUGGAGGGGAAUUGUGGAGCUUGCUGAGAGACAGAGGCAGCUUUGAUGAAUUCACCACCAAGUUUUGUGUUGGGUGUGUGACAGAGGCUUUUGACUAUCUGCAUCAAAUAGGAAUUAUCUACAGAGACCUGAAGCCAGAAAAUUUAAUUUUGGAUGCUGAAGGAUAUAUAAAGUUGGUUGAUUUUGGAUUUGCAAAGAAGAUUGGAUCAGGGCAGAAAACCUGGACCUUUUGUGGAACCCCUGAGUAUGUUGCCCCUGAAGUCAUUCUGAGUAAAGGCCACGACUUCAGCGUGGAUUUCUGGUCUCUUGGGAUUCUUGUAUAUGAACUCCUCACUGGCAGCCCACCAUUCUCUGGGGCUGAUCAAAUGGUGACAUAUAAUUUGAUUCUCAAAGGCAUUGAAAAGCUGGAUUUUCCUAAAAUAAUAACCAGGCGACCUGAGGAUUUGAUCCGCAGACUCUGCAGGCAAAACCCUACAGAAAGAUUAGGCAAUUUGAGGAAUGGAAUAAAUGACAUCAAGAAGCACAGGUGGUUGUGUGGCUUUAACUGGGAUGGUCUGAAAGGGAGGAAAUUAAUAUCGCCUUUAAAAAGAGAGUUGUCUGGACCAACGGAUUACAGCUACUUUGACAGCUAUCCACCUGAAGUAGGAAGCCCUCCAGAUGAACUUUCAGGCUGGGACAAGGAUUUCUGAUAAUUUUUCCUUCUGAUACAUUAAUAGAGACUUAUAGGCAUCAGUUCUAUCUUGUUUCUUGCUUAAAAUGAAGUUACACAAUUAUACAGUACUCCUUGAAGAACAGAAGACAGUACAGAACCAGAACUUAUUUGGAUAAUCCACCAAAAUCUGUGCAUUUUAUAACAAGAGCAUGCAUUCAGUCAGCAGCUGUAACCUGAUUUUUUUUUAUAUACAGUGUCUCUAUGAAAAUUUUCAGAUACCAUUGCUUGGAUCUAUGGUUUUGCCACUAAAAAUAUCAUUAGCUAAAAUUUUGAUAUUAACACAGUUGCCAUACCUCUUUUUAUGGAUGGAGAGGAUGGGUAUCAGAAGCCAACAGUUGUGACAUUUGUCAGUAGCUAGAACUAUAGGCACUUCUUUUUCUUUUUCUCUGCUGUGUUUUGCUUUUCCCUCCAAAUGUCCUGUACUACAUUGAUCCAGAUACGUGUAGAAAAGAGACUUUUACUGAAAGGUUGAUUUGAUUUAGCUACAGCUAAAAAGGUAUCACUGUGUAAGUGUCCCUCUGUCAGUCUUUUGCACCAGGUUGGAUAUGUGAGACUGGUCAAACAAAAAGGUAUAUCCAUAAUAGAAGUUGCCUAGAGAAUCAGCCUGUGCUGUGUGUUUCCCUUACUGCUUCAAAGAGCCAUGUGCCUUACUUAAAAUGUUUUGCUCUUGUGUAGUGUGAAGAUAAAAUAGAUGGACAAAAAGCUUUUAUCUUGCAGGGGAAAAUGCAGAUGGAUGUUGUGCAUUUGUGGCUUAUACAGAAAAAUUCUGCUGCUCUGUGUUAUGAACUCCAACUGCUGUUGAAAUAGGGAUGUUCCUGAGUUUCCUGCUGGGUUUAUGGGAUGGAUGCAUCUGCAGGCACUGCUUGUAUUUAUUUCAGCUCCUGCUGAGACCAAGUCCAAUCUAAAUUUCCACACUGAAGCUGGUGUUGCGUUACCAUAUUUUACACACUGGAUGGAAAACCUCCCGGGCAACUUGUACUAUGUGCUCAGGUUUAGUUACCCAUGGCUGCUGGAUCAUCCCCCUAGCUGCUGAUCACGACUUUUCCCACUGGGAAGGGGAAAAUGAGGGAGGGAAUGCCACAGGGGCAGUUCCGUGGUUUGUUACAUGGUUAUAAUUAUUUUUCCCUGGUGGGUGACCAUCGCUUUGACAGUAAAUCAAUUUAAAUAUUUUGUAUAGCCUUCAGCCUGAAUAAGGCAAUAGAAUAUUUUCCAUUGAGUUUAAUGAAUGUUGGAUGGAGCCCUUGAAAGAAGACACUACAGAUUUAGCUGGUUUUGUUUCUCUGCCUGUUUGCAAAUUAUUAUGGAAACUUGCAGCCAGCAAAGCCUGUGCAAAGCGGAAUCAGAGAGGGUAUAGCAAACUGUAGCUGUGUCAUGGGUUGGCACUGGCCAGAUGUUAAUGUACCCAUAAAUAUGGUUUUUUUUUCCCUAACAGCUACUGUGGGAUGUGAUCAGGAACAGAGCAGAGCAGGCUUAAAUCUUGAAAACAAAAAAAACCCACCAGAACUUUAUUAAUUACAUAAGAACAGGGACAGAAAUACUCUUAAACACACACACAGACAGAAAUAAAAACUUUUUAGAACAUUUCUUCUCCCAGUUUCUACUUCCCCACCCAUCACUCUUCACAGACCAACCCUUGGGUUUUAGAUCAAACAAUCACCACUCAAAAACAAACUAAUCUUCAAUUCAGCAAGGGAGAGAAGAGUCUCUCUCGCACCACAGACUGUUCCUCAGAAAAACACGGGUCUAUCCCUUAUGUGUUCCCAUGUCACCCGUGGCACCGCCCGGAGAGGUCUGCCAGGGUGACUCUCUCUUUUUCCUAUGUCCAGUGCUCUCACCGCUGUCUCAUAGGCCACAACUACAUACAGGGCUUUUUAAGGAUACUUGCAUGCUGAGCUCUCCCCUUUUCACCCAGGGGCCGGGGUUCCAGGAGCAGGUCUGCCCUGAGGGCAGAGGGCACCACCUCACCCUCCCCCUCGCUUCUCUGCUCACUCCACUCUUCAAGUGCCAGUCACUGUAGCAAAAGCAGGGCAGCUGCAUCCACCCAAAAUGCAGUUUAUGUUCAAAAGAGACUUAAGUUCAGUCCAUGGUUGACAUUAUGCAAGAGAAGUCCAGCUCCAAAGGCUACUCCUCUCAUUCUUCCAUCGAGUUCCUUCCAAUCAUGCCUUAUCAUCUCAGUACCAGGCCGCUUCCUUCUCCUUAUUUCUAAAAUCACCAGUCAUGAGAAUCAAUGUCUAAGAAAAGUUUCUUUCUGCUACACAAGGGUUAACAGUUUUUUCUCGGCAGGGUGCUACAGGCUCAGGCACUCCCAGGCUGGGCAACUCCCACGUGGCUGGGCACCUUCUCCCGGAGUUUGGGGGUGGAGGGGGGUGAGCACACACAGAAGGCACUUCCACAGUUUUCCACCCCUCCAUCCUGGACGGGGCAGCUCAGUUCCAGUCCUGUCCCCUCUCUUCUCCCCCCCCCGGGGGCUCCGGCUUACCUGAGCCGACCACGUGUUUCCCCUCCCCCACCCAGCCUCGUGGCUGGGCAGGGGAAGGAGGCUGGAGACGUCUCUCUGCUGAAACCGGGAUCUGAAAAGAGGCCGAACCCCCUUGGGGGUCCUGCUUUUAACUCUUUGUGUCCUCAGAGGCGUGUCCAAACCUCCGAGUGACCAAUCCAGGUGCCAGCAGAAAAGCUGAUUACUGAUUGGACUGCCCACAUCCCCCUGGAAAAAUUCACCUCCCCCGCAACCACGACAACCUGGAACUGUAGAUGGUUGCAAAUUAACUUUGUUUAGUAAUACCAAAGACUAAAUUUUAGUUUCAGGAUUUAGACAAAGCACUAGACAAUUAGGUAUUUGUGUUUCUCCGUACAUCUGUCUUUCUCUCAUAAAUAUUUUUAUUACA